GCGGAGGAGAAGCAGCACGACGAGGUACCUGCGGAGAAAAGUAACAGGUGGAACGUGAAGUGAGGGGGAAAGGGGGAGAAAAGGAUAACUCGACGCAACAAGUGGAUUUCGACGAAGUUACACUUAAGGUGAACUACAGGGAUUCCUGCCUGGAAAAUGGAACUUUUUAACAUCAAGUCUUCCGUUGCUCUCAUUUAUGAUGAGUUCAUGCGAAAUGCAGAUUCCCGGACYGAGAACUGGCUGCUCAUGUCGUCUCCGGUCCCUCAAACCAUCAUCAUCGCAGCGUACAUUUACUUUGUCACAUCACUGGGACCUAAAAUAAUGGAGAACCGCAAAGCCUUUGACCUCAAAGGAGUCCUCAUUGUGUACAACUUUGGCGUGGUGGCUCUCUCGCUCUACAUGAUCUAUGAGAUCUUCUUUGUCCUGAGGAAGAAGAACAGCCAGCUGACGUUUCUUCAUGUCUACCAUCAUGCCAUCAUGCCGUUCACCUGGUGGUUUGGGGUUCGUUUUUCUCCAGGUGGAAUGGGAACAUUCCAUGCCCUGCUGAACUGUGUUGUCCAUGUUGUCAUGUACACAUAUUACGGGAUGAGUGCAAUGGGCCCCAGCUACCAGAAGUACCUGUGGUGGAAGAAGCAUCUCACGACCAUUCAGCUGAUCCAGUUUGCUAUGGUGACCACUCACAUCUCCCAGUAUUUCUUCAUCACGGACUGCAAAUACCAGUUCCCCGUCUUUAUCUACAUCAUUGGGCUGUACGGCCUGAUUUUCAUGUUUCUCUUCCUCAACUUUUGGUACCACGCCUACACCAAAGGCAAGAGGCUCCCUAAAGUGCUGCAGGCUGAAACAUGGUCGCACCACACCAACGGAGUCAUGAACGGGAAGGCAGACCAUACAAAGUGUCAGUGACGUAAACCUCUGGGGCGUUAUUUUUGGGGUUGAGCUUCAUUUACACAAGCAAACGAGAUGCUCUGAGAUUCAACCCAAACCUGUUUUGGACUGUUUUUUUUUUUUUUUUUCCUUCAUGGCUGCUUUUCUACUUAUUGGUCACAAUUUAAGAAUGUGCUUUUCCAAAGCUUGGAUUUAUCUAGCUCACUGAACUAAGCUAAGAGCUUUUAUUUAUAAAGCCCAGGUUCUGGUACAUGCAGAUUUCUCAAAUGUCCAGGUUUAAAAUUCACGUUUACACUGACCAGCUGGCUUCUCCUGUGGUCAAACUGUAAGGGCCCUCAAUUGUACAGAUGGCACUGAACUUCCUUAAAAAUCCCUUUUAUCCUAAAACCCUUUUUACCUUUUUGUUCUAACUUCUCAGAAAGCUUUAAGUAAUCAAAGUUAUCAUCUUUUUUUUAAAUGUGCACUGAAAUGUUUUUUUCUCCUCACCAGGCCUGACACAGUUGUUUGCAGUUUUAUUAGUYAAACCACACGGGUCCUGUCAUUAAUUAGUUACAUAAGAGCUGAGUUUGUUUACGUUUGACACUACCCACUUCUCCACAGCAGCUGUUGAUGGUAACGACAUGCAGUAAAAAAAGUGCAAUUUCUCACAAGAGUAGCAUCAUUUUUCAUCCUCUCCUAUGAAGCAGUGUUGUGACAUUAAUCCGAUUUAAACCUGGUGGUUCUUGUAGGAUCCAGAACAGACUACAUCCUUUUUUUUUUUUUUUUUUUACUGAGGCAAAUUGCAAACACUUACUGGAUGCAAAGCUGACAGUUUUAGGUGUUCAGUCAACAAAGCAGGAAUGAACUUCUGCUUUUAAGCAGCGUGCUGAUGAUGUUUUCAAAUGGGCAGGAGUUUGUAGUUUUUAUAUUUUUGUUCUUAAAUUGUAACAUGACCCUAAACGCUCUGGUGACAGAGGACAUGAGAUUUGAGUUUUGUGUGGAAAAAGUUCCACCUUUUUAUGAAGCACAAACGCACGUUAACUCUGAAGGUUUACAGUCGGAAUAUAUAUUUUUUUCCAGUUCACCAGUGAAAUAAUAUUUUGAAAAUGUUGUUUAUAUUUGUAUUUUAUAUGUAUUUAUAUGGAAAAUAAAUGAUGAAUGUACUUUAAAAA